AUGCGUGGCUCUCCGGCACCGGUCCGUACUCCAGUGUCGUGAAAAUCUCGCGGGCGCAGGGUCGGACACGCGUGGCCGCCAUCGCUCGCCGAACGCCUUCCGCGGAGGACUGCCUGAGGAAGAACCUUGGGAACGUGGAGGUGUUUCUCUGCAUGUAUGUCUGUGCACCACGUGGGUACAGUGCCUGUGGAGGCCAGAAGAGAGCCGUGGAGCCACUGGGGCCGGAGUUACAGGCAGUUGUGAACCACCAAGUGGGUGUUAGGAGCUGAACCUGUCCUUUCUGAAAGCAACGUGUUCUUAACCACUGAGUCAUCUCUCCAGCACUAAUAUUUUAUUCUUUUUAAAGGCCAUGGCGGAGUCGAAGCUUCCGGCACCAGACCUAAGCGAUGCAGAGUCGAUGGGUGAUGAGACCCUGCGGUUUCAGGAGCUGCUACUGCAGGCUUCCAAAGAGCUCCGGCAAGCCCAGACGGAAAGGUCAGAAUCUACACAGAUCCGGCCCCAGCCUGGUUUCUGCAUAAAGACCAACUCAUCGGAAGGGAAGGUUUUCAUCAACAUCUGCCACUCUCCCUCCAUCCCUCCCCCGGUGGACGUGACUGAGGACCAACUGCUUCAGAUGCUGGAGGAGGACCAAGCUGGCUUCCGAAUCCCCAUGAGCCUGGGAGAGCCACAUGCUGAGCUGGAUGCAAAAGGCCAGGGCUGUACUGCCUACGAUGUUGCCGUCAACAGCAACUUCUACCUGAGGAUGCAGAACAGCGAUUUCUUGCGGGAGCUGGUGGUCACCAUUGCCAGGGAGGGGCUUGAGGACAAGUAUGGUUUACAGCUAAAUCCAGAAUGGCGCAUGCUGAAGUAUCGGCCUUUCCUGGGCUCCAUCUCGCAGCAGAACAUUCGCUCCCAGCAACGCCCUCAGAUCCAGGAGCUGGGGACCCUUGAGGGCCCAGAACGGCCUCACCUGAACCUUUGGUUGGAAGCCCCUGAUCUCCUCUUGGCUGAAGUUGACCUCCCAAAGUUGGACGGAGCUCAAGGGCUGACCUUGGAGAUUGGAGAGAGUCACCUGGUGAUGGGAGGCUCCCAGCAACUGUACCGCCUCAAUGCCUCCAUUCCCCUGCGGAUCAACCCUGAGGCAAGCAGGGCUGCUUUCCACCACCGGAGAAAGCAGCUGAUGGUGUUCUUGCCCCUCCUGUCAGUGUCUUGACCAGAAUCUCCUUGUAUCUUCAGAGGUGGCGAACAUGUUGGUGUCUUCUCUAAAUGUGAAGUAAACAGUCUUUCCAGUU